AUGGCAGCCCGCAAGACGGACGACAUCGACAGCACUUCAUCCAACGAUCCCGCAGACCUAGCUCAGGCCUACCGCGAUCUUGCCAGAGGCGAACAAACUGCCGCAGCGCUAGAAUCCAACCUGUCCAAUCUAGAGAAUAAGCUGGAUGCCAUGUUGGCAGCUCUCGAAUCAAUGACGAAUGAUCACAGCAGCAGCAGCAUCAGCGGCGCCAAGGACAAGGCGGAAAACGAAAAGGCAUCAUGA